AUGAAUCAAGCGCAAAAUGCAACAGGUUAUGGGCUCAGAAGAGAUAUUCCUGGGAGAUAUGGGAGACUUUUGUUUGAUGGAGAUGAGAGAAAGUACGAGCAAUGGGAAAUUAAAUUCCUUGGCUACAUGCGAUUGCAAAAGUUGAGAGAUACAAUUGUGGCAUCCGACGAAGAUGAGGUUAGUGACGAUAAGAACGCAGAAGCUUUCGCGGAACUUAUCCAGUUUCUUGAUGAUAAAAGCCUCUCACUGAUUAUGAGAGAUGCUGUUGACGAUGGGCAAAAAGCAUUGAAAAUCCUAAGAGGACAUUAUGCUGGUACUAGUAAGCCAAGAAUCAUUUCGUUGGAUACUGAACUUACAUCCUUGGUAAAAUCAACGCAUGAAAUGGUUACUGACUAUGUUAUAAGGGCAGAAACUGCAGAGGCAGCCCUCAAAAAUGCUGGUGAGAAUGUAACUGAGAGUCUUUUGAUUGCUAUGGUCUUGAAAGUUCUACCAGAAACUUUCAAGCUCUUCACUGUAGUAAUAACACAAAAUGAAAAGAAACAGACAUUUUGUGACUUUAAAGCAGCUUUACGAAGUUUUGAGGAGACCGAACGAGCUAGAGGAAGCAAUUCUACUGAGGGAGAGUCGAUUUUGCAGACAAUUAAUAGACAUAAACAAGAUUAAUUCGGUAUAAAGGACAAGAAACUUUGGUAUUCUUGUGGCCAACCAGGUCAUUUUGCUCGUCAGUGUCCAAAUAAAGGGAAACCCAAGAAGAAAUUGUGGUGUAAAACUUGCCACAGUUCCACACACAAUGAUAACACUUGUCGUAAAAAUAAAAAUAAAAAUAAAAAUAAAGGCAAAAGCGAGAACAAUAAAGCUAACAAAGCUUUGAAUGUUGAGCAGGGAGAACAUUCAUUUGCCUUCCAGAUUAAAGCACAGCAGGGUGUUAGCAAGAUAAAUGUAGAACGCCCAAGCAAACUUCUGGUGGAUUGUGGUGCAACUACGCAUAUUAUUACUGAUCAAUCCAAGUUUUCCAGCUUUGACCAAACAUUCAGACCAGAAUCACAUUACAUUGAACUAGCUGAUGGGACUCGAUCAAAUAAUGUUGCACUCAAGAGAGGAAGUGUGAACUUGGCUAUCACGAAUUCUACAGGAAGAUGUGUCAAUGCCUCAUUAAAGAAUGCUCUGUACAUACCAUCGUAUCCUCAGGACAUAUUUUCAGUACAAGCUGCCACUCAGAAAGGUGCUAGUGUUAUUUUCCAUCCACAGUCGGCAGAGCUAAUCAGCAAAGAUGGUAAAAAGUUUAAUAUUGAGAAGCAUGGUAAACUAUACUAUUUACAUGUAGGACCAUAUAGUGAUAUAGAAAACACUGACUCAGUAAAUUAUACUAGUGAUUUAAAGGGCUGGCAUGAAAAACUUGGUCCUUGCAAUUAUGAAGAUGUAGUGAAGCUCCAAGACGUAGUUGAUGGCAUGAAGGUAAGUGAUAGUAGUAGUAAACCAGAUUGUGAUACUUGUGUUUUAGGAAAAAUGACUCAAUGUAGGAAUAGAAAUCCCGAUGUUCGAUCUAAAGCCCCUUUAGAGCUUGUGCACACUGAUCUUGCUGGUCCAGUUGACCCUAUGUCAAAGGACGGAUUUAGAUAUACUGUAGCUUUCACUGAUGAUUAUUCAGGUGCUGUGUUUGUGUAUUUUCUUAAAAAUAAGAGUGAUACUGUCGAGGCCACAAAUAAAUUCCUACCUGAUUCAGCCCCAGGUUCCUCACGCUGAGCACAAGGUUCCUCACGCUGAGGACCAAGGUUCCUCACCCUGAGGACAAGGUUCCGCACGCUGAGGACAAGGUUCCUCACGCGGAGGAAAAGGUUCCUUACGCUGAGGACAAGGUUCCUCACGAUGAGGACAAGGUUCCUCACGCUGAGGACAAGGUUCCUCACGCUGAGGUCAAGGUACCUCACGCCGAGGACAAGGUUCCUCACGCUGAGGCCAAGGUUAUUCACGCUGAGGACAAGAUUCCUCACGCUGAGGACAAGAUGCGUCACGCUGAGAACAAGGUUCCUCACGCAGAGGACAAGGUUCAUCACGUUGAGGACAAGGUUCCUCACGCUAAGGACAAGGUUCCUCACGCUGAGGAUAAGGUUGCUCACGCUUAA